AUGGACUUUUCCAAGGGUGUUGGAGCAGCAGCUUACAAUGAGAAAUCAGAGAUUGAUACUCUCAGAGAAAACUACAGUCGGCAAAUUUCCAUUAAUCACAAUGACUUCAAAAUUUUAAAAAAUAAUGAGAGUCGGCUGUGGGAAGUCCUCCAGAAUAAAUUUAGCUGUAUCUUUACCCUAGUUUCUCCAGCCCAGGAAGGUAACAGUGAGUCUCUACAAGUCUUCAGAAAAAUGCUGGUGCCCAGGCUAGAGUUAUCUGUCUGGAAGGAUGACCUCACCAGACAUGUUGUUGACGUUGUGGUGAAUGCAGCCAAUGAAGACCUCAUUCAUGGGGGAGGCCUGGCGCAGGCCCUUGUGAAAGUUGGCGGCCUUGAAAUCCAAGAGGAGAGCAGAAGAUAUGUUUCCUUAUAUGGCAAAAUUCCAACUGGUGACAUAGCUAUCACAGGAGCAGGGAAGCUUCCCUGCAAACUCAUUAUCCAUGCUGUUGGGCCUCGAUGGGGGUUAAUGGAUAGACAGGAAUGUAUCGAUAAACUGCAAAGAGCCAUUAUAAAUAUUUUGAAUUUUGUCAAUAGUAAUGGGUACACUGAGACAGUAGCGAUUCCAGCCCUGAGCUCUGGGAUUUUCCAGUUCCCUCUGGAUUUGUGUACACAGGUCAUUGUGGAAACUAUCAAGUAUUAUUUCCAAAACAUGCAGCUAGCCAAUAAUUUGAAAGAAAUUCACCUGGUAAGCAAUGAGGACCCUACUGUUGCUGCCUUUAAAACUGUUUCAGAAGUCAUCCUAGGGAGGAACGAGCUGGGGUCCCGGGUGAGUCAAGAAGCCACCCACCUUUUCAAUACUAUGGUUGUGAACAACCUGACUCUCCAGAUUGUCCAGGGCCACAUUGAAAUGCAGGAAACGAAUGUAAUUGUUAAUUCUGCAUAUACAUAUGGUGGUCUUAGAGCUACAUCUGUGUCAAAAUCAAUUCUACAAGCAGCAGGAGAUGAAAUAGAAAGGGAAUUUAGCCAAAAUAUGACUAAAACACCACUAGAUUCCCAGUUGGUCCUGGUCACAAAAGGAUUUAAAUUGCCCUGCAAAUACGUAUACCAUGUGUUGUGGCCUUCAGAAUGUUAUAAACAAAAACUGACAUUGGAAACUGCAAUGAAGAAAUGCUUGGAAAAAUGCCUUGAGCUAAAUAUAACUUCCAUUUCCUUUCCUGCCCUUGGGACUGGAAUCUCUGAAGCGGCAGAGAUUAUGUUUAAUGAAGUUUUAAUAUUUGCCAGGCACCAUUUGCAACAAUUAACUGUAAAGUUUGUGAUCUUCCCAAAAGAACAGCAGUUAUAUAAGGUUUUCAGCACUGAAAUGGAAAAGAAUAAGUUGAAGCUGCAGGGUCUCAACAAUUACCCUGGUGUGUUUUCAGUCCCCCAGGGGACCAGAGAGAAGAGAGAAAAUAGAUUUCCUGUCCUCAAUCUGAUGGGAUCCAAUCAGGAAAAGAUAGAUGAGGCCCAAGCAUGGAUCCAGAGGAUACUGACCCUCCAGGACUACCACAUCAUUGAGGAUAUGCAUAUCCUCUACCUCGGGAAAAAGAAACAUAACUAUUUGUCUGAGCUUCAGAAAACCUCAUGGGUCUCUAUCUCAGAGAUUAUCAGCCCGGGAAAAGCACAUUUAGAGAUUAAAGGAGCCCAGGCUGACCUCAUUAAGGCAGUUAUGAACAUUGAACAUAUGCUGUGUGAAGUUCAAGAGGAAAUGGCAAGAAAAAAGGAGCGAGUCCUUUGGAGCUUGUCAGGGCAGCAGACUGAUCAGCAACCAGAAAACCAGAAUCAAAUGAAGGAAAAUGCAUUUUUGAAAUGCCUAAAGCUUUCAACUCGAGAAAUUCAGGAUCAAAAGAAACAGUUUGAAGACUGUGGUUUGUGGGUUAUAAAGGUGGAGAAGAUAGACAAUGCACUUCUCAUGGCUGCCUUCCAAAGAAGGAAGAAAAUGAUGGAAGAGAGAACCCGUGGGAAACCUGUGAGCCACAGGUUGUUUCAGCAAGUCCCACACCAGUUCUGCAAAAUGGUAUGCAGAGUCGGCUUUCACAGAAUGUACUCCGUGCCCUGCGACCCAAAAUAUGGAGCUGGAAUAUACUUCACCAAGAACCUCAAAAACAUAGCACACCAGAUCAAGAAAACAUCUGCCACAGAUAAGCUGAUCUAUGUGUUUGAGGCUGAAGUACUCACAGGCUCCUUCUGCAAGGGUCAUCAGUUAAAUAUUGUUCCCCCACCAUUGCAUCCUGGAGCCGUAGAUUGCCAUGACAGUGUGGUUGACAAUGUUUCCAGCCCUGAAACCUUUGUCGUUUUUAGUGACACACAGGCUGUGCCCCAGUAUUUGUGGACUUGCAUCCAAGAUCAUGUACAGGAUUACUCAGGACAAAUGAUGCUGUCUCCACAGCAGCCUUGGAGGAAACUCUCAAGUGGCAGCUCUGUUGAUUAA